AUGCUGAAGACUUCCGCUAAUACUGCUAAGAAGCUAAUGAACCUUCUAUAUAAAGAAACAGCCACCAAUGUACAAACAUCUCACACACUCCCCCAAAUCACGCGACAGCUCUACAAUGAAAACACCACCUCCACCAAUGAAACUAAUUCCCCAAUUGAUUCCUCAAUGGACAUACUCCACAACUAUCAAACGACAAAGAGAAAACUACCAGCAAUGGAAGCAUUGAAAGUAAAUCAUGAUGUCAUACCCAUCAAGUCAAAUAUCCUCUCUUUUAAAUGCAUCAAUCUGUUUUUAACCAAACACGAUUUCCAAAAUUUGCUACCUCAAGAUCGCAACUCAACUUAUUCAGUUACACCUCGUGAUAAUUUCGAAGUAGUUAAGAAACGACUGGGUCAUUUGCUCAAUUUCCAAAAUGAGUAUUUGUUGAUUUUCCACAACCAUUUAAAUGCCAAGAUAUACCAAUUGGAAACACAGGAUAAAUUAAUCAAUGGCAUCCAGUUGAAAUUGGAGUUUGAACCCAUUGAUAUAAUUGAUAAUUUAAUUCCUCAAAAGCUACAAACUGCCAACCAUCAAUCACUCAUUUCCCAACUUAAUGCAUUAAAACACCACCACCAGAGCGCAGCAGGCUCAUCAUCAUCAUCAUCAGCAGCAGCAGCAGCAGCGACGACGACGACGACAUUAUCUCCCACCUAUGAUGAAAAUUAUCCCAUUUUGACCCACUUGCUAGAUACACCAAACCGUAAUAAAUCGGUCUUGGUCCACAAUUGGCCAUUUGGGUUGAAACCUAAACUAGUAGUUGACUCACUUUGGAAUUACAAUUUAGCAUUGGAGAAAAAGGAAAACAGCGACGACAACCCCGCUAUUGAAUCGAUAUAUUCCAACGUAAUGCAGGAUAUUAAUAUAAUCAAGAUGAAUUUCAACAAGGAGGCUGACGCGUUGCGGUUUAUUCGCAAUUUUCACGGCACUAAAUGGUUAAAGUUGCAGAAUUUUCGUAAAGUUGGUGAAAAGGUGUCGUAUUUGCCCUUGCUUUGUGAAACGUUGUGA